AUGACCGCUCUAAAGGAAACACCGCAGCGGAAAGCCUCUCCGGGCGGCGUCUACCGCGAUAAACCAUGCGAGCUAGAGAUGCAGGACCACCACAUGUGCGCUGGCGGGUGGGAGCCCCAAUCAAGCCAACCAAGGCGCUCGAAGGUCUUCUCGUUCAACUACCAUCUACGUCGAGCAUCGGCCGUUUGUCGACAGUGGAGGGAUAUCAUCCGAACACUCCCCGAAUAUUGGAGCCGGGUCGUCAUUUUCCUCGACUUGGACGAGCCGCUUGAGGAUAUAGAAGCACGUAUAGCGCGUUCAAAGGAUCUCCCGCUCGACAUCCGUGUAACUCGGUCCAACUGGGACGAUGUCAGCGAUGGUACCGGCGAGAACGAGAAAGGCUCACAAAUCGAGCAAGAGCAAGCUCGCUCACGGCAAAUCAUGAAGAUCUUGGCUCCUCUUGUUCCCAGAUACAGAACCUUCGUCUUCGACGCGAAAUACAGCUCUUCCUUACCGUUCAUCUCGCAAUACUUUCGCGGAACCGCUCUCCAUCUUCAAAUUCCUACCAUCAAGCCGGAGGACGAAUUUACUUUCCCUCGAUUGACAACAGUCGUUCUUGAUGGUUGCACCUUCAUGGAUGCAUGCCGUGUCCCCUCCUGGACACGCCAGGUGAAGGACCUCUAUCUCGACACGCUCUCCAUAUCGCUGUUGUCCGUUCCCGACAGCCAUGACGACGAAUACGACAUGUACAAGUUUGCAGACUACCUCGCAAAAAUCGGUUACAUCAGACACCUCAGCCUCGCUCACAUCGAGAUCGCGUAUGACCCCGGAACCGAAGAUGAGGGAUAUCACCAGUACAAGGUCGACAACCUCACGAUCGAGAACCAGGACCAGCCGUGGCUCGAGGAAUUCAACCUUAUCACAUUCGGGUCGUCUCUGUGCUACUACCAUCUCGCCGACUCCUCAAUUGCGUACGAGAGCAUGACGAUGGCGCACCACCUUCGACUGGAGAGGAUCACCGACUUUGGGUACGCCUUCGACCGUGCUAUCGCGAGGCACUUCGGGAACCGCCUUGACCUUGUCGAUUGCGAAGGACUCAAAGACCACCAUCUCGACAUGAUUGCCAGAAAAUGUCAACUGCUACGUCGCCUCUAUCUCAUCGACUGUCCGAACAUCACCGUCCAAGGUCUGAAGAACAUGGUCACCGCUCGAGAAGAUGUGGCGGGCGCAUAUGACGAAGACCGGGUUAUUGGGGAUAGAGACACAAGCGAUGAGACGGGAAGUGUCGUUGAACUGACGGACGAAGACGACAUUGAAAUGGCAGAUGGGUAUGUAGACUCUGGAGGAGCAAACUUCACACCUAUCCAUCGGCUUCACGUGCAAGGGCAUCCUCACAAAUUGACCAAGCUUGAACGCCUGUGGUUCAAGAGACGUCUCGAGUUCUUUUCUUGGAAUUGA